AUGUCCGCUGUGCGAAGCACUUAUACAAAAGGCGACUUUUAUAGCAGCGGCAGGAUAGUUCCUGGUGUUGACAAUGUCGUCUCCGAGAGAAAUGAGGCUAAGCACAAAUUCAUGAGAGCAAAGAUGGCUCCCGGUCUUCUUGAGUAUUCUUACAGGGAGAAUGAAGGUUUCGGCUUCGAGGCAGGCAUAGAUCGUCAACUCCUCAGAUUCAUCUCGCUCAUCGACCGAAAGUAUCUCUCAACUACAAGCCAAUCACGGCCUCUCGACCUUACCGAAAAGACACAGUUCUUUGCCCUAGAUGUGAUUGGCGAUGUAUCUUUUGGUGAACCAUUCGGCUACUUGAUCAAAGAUGAAGAUCUGUACCAAUACAAUAAGAUAAAUGCCAGUUCACUACCGGUCAUGAACGUGGUAUCCGUCUACCCCUGGCUAGGAAGGAUUGUUCAUCGGUGGCCGCUAAGUCUGUUGCUGCCACGGGAAGAGGACCAGGUUGGCUUCGGGCGACUCAUGGGCUUCGCGAGGCACUUGGUUCGCAAAAGACUGGCCGAGGGGGUCACGAUGAGGAAGGAUAUGAUGCAAAUGCAUAUCAGUAACGGAAUGAAUGAGGAAGAACUUAUCCAACAAGCCUUCAUCUCAAUCAUCGCUGGUUCUAACACAACAGCACAUGCUCUUCGAAUGAUCAUACUCUCCUUGAUCACAAACCCAAGCGCAUACCGCUCCCUCAUCGCCGAGAUUCGAGGGGUCACCUCUACAGUCGGCACUCCCAUCUCCUGGGCACAGACGCAAACACUACCAUAUCUUCAAGCCGUCAUUCGCGAAGGUUUGCGCAUGUGGCCGCCAGUAGCUGGUCUUGGUUUCAAGCAAGUCCCUCCAGAGGGCGAUACCAUCAACGGCUUCUUCGUCCCCGGCGGAACGCAAGUCGGUCAGGGGUUCUACGCUGUUGGUCGGUCACGGCUUGUCUGGGGCGAUGAUGCUGAUGUUUUUCGGCCUGAGCGAUGGCUACUCGCUGAUGAAGACAGGCUGAGGGAUAUGACAGCGGCAUUGGACACGCAUUUCGGACAUGGGAAAUAUUCGUGCUUAGGAAAGCCGAUUGCUCUCAUGGAGAUUCACAAGGCUGUUUUCGAGUUGUUUAAACGCUACGAUUUUGCUAUACUGAACGCUGAAAGACCUAUCAAGACACAAACGUCGGUCUUUCUCUUUGCUUCAGACUUUUGGGUCACGAUCACCCAGCGUAAUGACGAAGAGAAUUGA